GAUUUAAAUGAAGAACACGGUCGAAGACGAAUUGUUUUCUUCCGCUUUCUGUUUGUAAAUGGGUCGAUCGUGUCCAUCGUUUGCAGUUCAAUCUAUCAAGUAUGUGUGAGAACACUACUUUGAAAGCUAAGCCACACAGAAAUAUCAUUUAAAUGAAUAUAGUCUGUUGCUUUUCAACUUCCGACUUCUGCCUGAAAGGGAUACUUUUGUGAAACAUCCGUGGGAGCUUUAUUUACUGGAUAUUGUUUAUCUUACGGUAACUCAAUCAUAAGUCUCAAAAUGAUUUUACAGACUCUCAAAGAUGCAAUGCCUGAAGUCACAAGCGGGAUACUUGUGGUGGUCUUUUUAUCGUGCCUCUUAUUUACCUUCAAACAAUAUUUCAUUUUAACUGAGGCCGUCUUUAGUGUGGGUGCCAAUGUUUUUCUGAAUGGAGAGGUGCACAGGGUCUUCCUUUACCCUUUCUAUCACAGGACAUCUGUCCAGCUUCUUCUUAACAUUGGAGUACUGAUGCUGCUCUGUGGCAGUUUCGAAAAAGGCGUGGGAACUGUUCGAUUCCUGUUUUUGUUCGUAACUCUAUCGACGUGCACGGGGCUGUGCUAUGCCCUGCUGGAUCUCUUCCUACACGAUACGACCCAGAACCCUGCUGAGGGCUUGGUGCCAAUAGCUCUGGCCCUCGUUGCUGUGACCACCAUGCACACUCGUAUGGCCAAAGGUUUCUUCUGUGGUGUCAGCAUACCUACAAUGAGUCUCCCCUGGGUUUUUCUCAUAGUCGCAUUCUUAUUUAUUCCCCACACUGUGCUCCCCUGCAACAUCAUUGCCAUUCUGAUCGGAUGGGUGUACGGUAAGGGAUGGCUUUCCGUACUGGACAUGUCGGAGGCCAGAGCAUCGGUCUUGGAGAAGUCGGCGCCUUUCAAGUUUCUAAAGAACAUUCCUGGGGUCCGUCACGUCCCCGUGUCCCCUGAGGAGCGGCGGAAGACGCUCCUUCCUGAAUUCAACCCAACACCCGGGUCGUACCCGGUCCAAGCCUACGCUCCGAUGUCCAGUGCCGUUGCCAUGGGUACCACCGCUCCCCAGAUGUACUACGAAGGGUGGCCCAAUGCUCCCGGUGCCGCUGUGAAUGGGUCAUCUUCAACCCCUCAAGGACUCGGGUCUGAGUUCCCUGGGGGACACACUACAACUCAAAGCUACAACCAUAGCCAUGAUCACAGUACAUGCCAUGGCCAUGGGCAUCAGUAGUCACUAGCUCUAGCAGUAGCACAUUGGACCUGCGCAAUUAUGUUGACAUGCACAACACAUCCAAGUCAGUGCUACACAUUGUUUCUAAUUAGUAUUAGUAUUUUGUCUGGCUUGCUUCAGUAACAUUACAGACCAUAUUGAAGAUUAUUUUAUAUUGCAAAUGUUUUUCCUUUUUUUUUUUUACCUGGAUUACAUUUACAAUGGGGAUAUCUUUUUUUUUUUAUUGGAGUAGACAUGUCAAACUUAACAUGCAUUCCAAGACUUGCAGUCGUUCAAUGCAUGUAAUCCAUCUCUGCUCUACAAAGUUGUUUCCAAAAUAUUAUUGAAGACAAAUUGUUUACAAAAUGUUUUCAUUUAUUAAUUCACAAAGACAUCAAACCAAGCUGUAUGUCAGGUAACUUCUGACAUGUCCUCUAAUUUGUAAAUUCGAUACCAGUGCUUGACAUGCAUAAAUUCCAUACAUUUUCAGUCUUCCCAGGAAUCUCCAUAGGCGUUCUUCUUGACUGGAAGAGAAGAAGAAUUGGCUAUCAAAUACCAUUUAUCAGUCAGAGCCAAACAUAUGAUAGAUUUGACCCAAUGGUUACCUUUCGACAAUCGUGAUUCCUGAAUAAUCAAAAGUAUACUAUCUGUCAGUGUUUAUACAUUUUGAAAAUAAAUUGAUCAAAUUAGGAAGAA